GUCAUGCAGGAGAACUAUGAGACGGUGGUCUUGCUGAGAUUUCCAAAUUCCAAACCUGAUGUGAUCUCGCAGCUGGAACGAGGGGACGAGCCUUGGGUCCCGGACCUCCAGGGCUCUGAGAAAGAAGUGCUCCUGAGAGCUGCCUGCAUAGGGAGUGACCUAUAUCUGGAUUCUAUCUGUCUCCCAUCAGGUGAUGGGAUAGUGAGUCAGAAUGAGGAGGAGAAACCCCAUCAGGAAGAUGCUGAGCAAGGAGAACCACAUGGAACGUUAUCAGAAAGAUCGAAAGGGAGUGUUUCUGGGAGUUGUGCAGUCCUAGAAAAAGCCAAAGCCUGUGAGACUCAGCAGAGGCCAGAGGAAAACUUAAGGUGGCCACUCAGACCUUAUAACAAGCGACAGAAUCAACUUGGAAGAGAGACACUAUAUAUUCCAUGAGUGCGGGAAAAGCUUCAGUCAGAGCUCUGCCCUUAUCACACAUCAGACAAUCCACAUGGGUGAGAAACCUUAUGAAUGCUCUGAGUGUGGGAAAUGCUUCAUUGAUAGUUUAACCCUCAUCUGACAUCAGCGAAUCCAUACAGGAGAAGCACCCCACACAUGCUCCGAGUGCGGGAAAAGCUUCAAUGAGUGCUCACACCUUAUCACACAUCAGAAAAUCCACACAGGAGUGAUGCCCCACACAUGCUCUGAGUGCGGGAAAAGCUUCAGUCACAGUUCAAACCUUAUCACACAUCAGAGAAUCCACACAGGAGAGACGCCCUACACAUGCUCUGAGUGUGGGAAAAGCUUCAGUCAGAGCUCUGCCCUUAUCACACACCAGAGAAGCCACACAGGGGAGAUGCCCUACACAUGCUCUGAGUGCGGGAAAUGCUUCAAUCGGCGCUCUACCCUUAUCGCACAUCAGAGAAUCCACACAGGGGAGACGCCCUACAUGUGCUCUGAGUGUGGGAAAAGCUUUAAUCAGAGCUCUGCCCUGAGCGCACACAGGAGAAUCCACACAGGGGAGGAGCCCUACGCCUGCUCCGAGUGCAGGAAAAGCUUCAAUCAGAGCUCAAACUUUAUUAGACAUCGGAGAAUCCACAUGAGAGAGACCUGCAAUAAAUCCUUUGAUUAG